AUGCUACCCCUCGGACUACUCAAUGCGGCCCAGGGCCACCCCAUGCUCGUUGAGCUGAAGAACGGCGAGACACUCAACGGACAUCUGGUUUCGUGCGAUACAUGGAUGAACCUCACACUCAAGGAGGUGGUACAGACAAGUCCGGAGGGCGAUCGAUUUGUCAGGUUACCAGAGGUCUAUGUCAAGGGAAACAAUAUCAAAUACCUGAGAGUACCCGACGAGAUCAUCGACCAGGUCAGCGAAUCACAGAAGGGCCAGCAGGGCGGCUUCCGAGGCGGAAGAGGGGGACAGUCAAGGGGAGAUCACAGCGGCCGUGCUGAUCGUGGACGCGGUCGUGGUGGAAGAGGCCGAGGCCGAGGUCGGGGUCAAUGA